ACCCGCAACCGCCAUUUCCCGCUGGAGCUUAAUAACCUCGGCUCCUUUGGCUGUGAGAUUGUGACUGCUCCUCCAGUCUCCCCUGAAGGAUAAAAAAGUACACUUGAGGUUCGGUUUUCCAUACUACUUAACGCUCCAUGUUGUCUCUGCGAAAUUUCACCGGCGCCACUGCUCUAUCAUCCUCGUCGCAUUCAGCGGCAGCUGGCUCUCUCUUCUCUUACCGUUUGGUGUUGAGGACGGAUUCUUCAUCCAGAAUUCCUCGAUGCUCUUUCAGAGUCCAAGAAUUGUCCAGGGAGGAGCCUCUAGAAUCGCAGCUUGAUCUGAGCCGGGUUUUUACAUUAACGCAGAGUGAUAAGAACGAUAGAGUUCUAGGAGAAGGACUAGAGGAAGAAGAAGAACAGGAGGAAGAGGAUGAGAAGGGAAUUUCAAAAAUAAGAGUGGCGAGGCAAAAAUACAUCCCAGUUUCCAAGGCAGAGAUCUUGAAUGCCAUUGCUCUGAAGUUAUUCGAGUCUCAAGAUGAUGCCGAUGAGUUUCGCCUUCUCUCUUCGCGCUUGGAUUCCAUUCUUCACGCUGAGCACAAACGCAUUUUAGAAGAAAUGCGAACUGAUUACUUCCUCAAUCAUUCCGGAGACAAUGAGGAAAGGAAGGAUAACGGGUUGGCCAAUGCAGAUGGAAAAUCUGGAGUUAAUGGGGACAAUUCUGACUCUGUCAGCGAUAGCAUCAAUGGAAUUGGAAGAAUUGGGGAUUCAGGGGAGAAGCCUCAACUGGACAUGCAAUUAAAUUUCUAUUAUGGUCUGGACUUGAGGAAUCUUUUAGUUUCUUCUGAGAAAAUUGACGAGAGAUGUUCUAAUGGAGAAUCCAGACUUGCUGUUGCCACUCGUUUCCAGCGUGCUUUCAUGCAGCUUCUUGAUAAUGCUCAAUUUCAAGAACUAUCGGCUCGGGAUUUGAUGUUGACAUCCGCGUUAAACUCGGAUUAUCUCCUUACUUUGCCAAUAUAUGUGGAUUGGAAGAAAGCAUCUGAAUCCAAUGCUAUAAUAUUUAGGAGGGGUUAUGCAACUGAGAGACAGAAAGGUUUACUAAUUGUUGAAAAACUGGACUAUAUACAGUCCAUACUUCUGAAAAGAAUAUUCUUCCUUGUAUCAAAACCACUGGAGAAAGUUGGCAAAUGGAUAAAAGAAGCUAUCACCAAUGCCUCUCAGACCCCAAAAGCACAAGAUUGGUUCAAGAAUGUGACCCUUUGGCUUGAGGAAUUGUCUCUUUUUCAGAAUUCGUAUUCUAAUAAUGGACAAGCCUCUGAUAGGCCGCUGGAGGUAGGCCAAAUAUCAGAUAGUGAUGUCCCUAUUUGGCUUGCAGCACAGAGGGCAGUAAGUCGUUAUGAAGGAUUUCUGUCACCAGUUGGACCCAGAGGAAGGUUACUUAGGAAGUUACUUACUUGGAUUGGCCUUGUACCUCGUAUACCAGCAACACCAUUGGAACUUGAAAGUGACAAUAAUACUUCCGAGCCUCAUUUAAGGCCGAUUUUCUUAUCGAGGAUAUCACUUAGUGAUAUAUGGAGACCUGCUACAAGAAAAUUCUGUGGAAAUGAUCUUUGGAAAAUGUUAAAAACUUCAUUCUCCAUUCUUCUGUCACAGUCAGUCCUUGAGGAACCUGCAUUCCAAGAAUUAAUUUUACUCUAUACCAAGGAAGUGACUGAAAGUGACACUAAGGAUAAAGCUGAAGUUCCAUCAUUGCAAUUAAAGAUCUAUGAGCGAAUUCCUAUCCCGGAUCUACCAGUCAUUUUUCCUCACAAAAAGCUUUCUUUCCGAAUCAUAGAUACAGUACGCUUGGAUGUGGCCACAAUAUUGGGACUUUCAGCAUACUUCAUCAAUUACAAAUUUGAAGACAUCUUAUCUUCCCCAUCAGCAAUACUUCUUGAUGUCAUUGCCAUCACCGCACUGAUAAUAUAUGUGACCCGAGUAGCUCUUGGGUACAAACAAACAUGGGAUCGAUAUCAAUUACUUGUUAAUAGAACACUUUAUGAGAAAACGCUGGCAAGUGGCUUUGGCUCUGUUCAUUUUCUUCUGGAUGCUUCUGAACAGCAGCAAUACAAGGAAGCUAUUUUAGCCUAUGCAAUCUUGCUUAAAGUGAAGAAUGGCCAGGUUAGUUGUCACCGAAGUUUUGGUGAUGAAUGCGAGAGAUUUAUGUACGAUGCUUUGAAAGUAAAGGUUGAAAUGCCAGUUGAUAAAGCGUUAAGCACAUUGAUUAGGCUGGGCCUUGUUGUAAAGACACCAAUUGAUGGAAGAAUCAGACUGCAGGCUGUUCCUUGUAAAACGGCACAUGAGGUCCUUAAAGAACGUUGGAAUGCUUUGCUUAGUUAAACAGGAAUAUUAAUUCUCCCAAAUAUUUAUUUUAAAGAAUAUUCAGAGGAAGUGUAGAACAUAGGUUAUUAAAGAAAAAUACGAGAUGAUAAAAAAAAACGUCUCCCUUUAUCUUCA